GCGGGACGAUGGCGGCCGCACGGUCCGCGGCGGCGGGCGCCCGGCGGGCCGGCGUCCUGUUCGAGCGGGAGAAGGCGCGCCAGCGGGCCCUGCGCCCGCGCGUGGAGAAGAUCGAGGUCCGUCACCUGGACGCCCCCCGGCCCGGCGCCACCUUCGUCCUCAACGGGCACCUGUCCACCCCCCUGACCUGCGCCGCGCAUCUCAGCGAGUGGCACCUCCGCAACUCCGUCCUGGCGCUGGUGGACGGGCGGCCCUGGGACAUGCUGCGGCCCCUGACCCGCUCCUGCGACAUCCGCCUCCUCGCCUUCCGGGACCGAGACCCCGACGCCGUCAACCGGGCCUACUGGCGCUCCUGCGCCGUGAUGCUGGGCUGCGCCGUCCGGCGGGCGUUCAAGGACGAGUACCCCGUGACCCUGGUCCGCGCUCCGGAGACCCCAGUGAGCGCCGGAGCCUUCUGCUACGACGUGGUGCUGGACGGACGGCUGCGCGGGUGGACGCCCACCCGGGAGGACCUGCGGUCCCUGAGCAAGGAAGCCCACGGCCUGAUCCGGCGGGACCUGCCCUUCGAGACCCUGGACGUCGACGCCAAGGUGGCCCUAGAGAUGUUCGAGGACAACAGGCACAAGAUGGAACUCAUAGAGGAGAAGGCGUCUCAGAACCCCGAGCGGACCGUCACCUUGAACAGGUUCGGGGACUUCGUGGACGUGAGCGAGGGGCCGGUCAUCCCAAGGACGGGCAUCUGCUUCCAGUACGAGGUGUCGGCGGCCCACGGUCUCCCCGGCGGCGAGGGUGUCCUGCACAGGUUCCAGGGCCUCUCUCUGCCCGUGCAUAUGAGGGCCCAUCACGUCAUCUGGAACCGACUCCUGGAGAGAUCCCGGAAGCUGGUGACGGGAGUCGGACAGAAGGCGACGGAGCGGGCCGCCGGCGGCCGGGAAGCCCGGGACGAGACGGAAGCCGCGGCGGUCCCGGCCGCCCCCGACCCCGGGUCCGUCCGUCAUCCCGCGGCCGCCGCGGCCGGCGGACAAUAAAACCUUUGCCGACUCGA